UGGUUCGUCGUCUGCUGAACUUAAUUCCCAACUCGAGUGAAAAUGACUGGUCGCGGUAAGGGAGGCAAAGGAUUGGGAAAAGGAGGAGCUAAACGUCAUCGUAAAGUACUUCGUGAUAACAUCCAGGGAAUCACUAAGCCAGCUAUUCGUCGUCUUGCUCGUCGAGGUGGUGUCAAACGUAUUUCUGGUCUGAUUUAUGAAGAGACUCGUGGUGUACUCAAGGUCUUCCUUGAGAAUGUCAUCCGUGAUGCAGUUACCUACACCGAGCACGCCAAGAGGAAGACAGUGACUGCUAUGGAUGUUGUCUACGCUCUUAAACGCCAAGGGCGUACACUCUAUGGAUUUGGAGGUUAAACCCAGAACAUCCACAAAAUAUCAAUCGGCCCUUUUCAGG